AUGACUCCCACGGCUGUGGCAGCGGAUUCUCGCGAGUUCGACCACCACGAUCAACACCGCGACCACGGCGUCGCCACCGACGGCGACAUGGACCCUUCUGUCGAACGCCAGAAGAGCGUCAAGAACCGCCAAUUCAAUAUUUAUGCUUCUCGAGCUCGCAGUCCGAGCCCCGGCGCCCACCACAACCCGAAACCCAAUCCACCAACCUCUGACAAGUACGAAUCCGAGCACCCCUCGCCAGACGAAGCUCCCCAGCUGCCUCCCCUUCCGAUCUCCCCCAGGUGGGACUCACUCGCCAACAACAAUAGCAGUUUUUUCCUGCAAAAAUCAAACACUGCUCUCGCCGUGUCACCACCAGAUCCCCCGCCUUCCGAUUCCCUUGCCGAACGGCUCGAGUCCGGCCGCCACACGCCAACCAAUGACUUUACCCACCAGCCGCUAGUUUCUCCAAUCUCUGAGCCCGAGCCACGAAUCUCGACAGACACCGUGCAGAGCCAGAACUUUUCUCGUCCGAGGAAACUCAGUCUCAAACAACCGACCCUCGACUCGGCCAAACCCCGACAAACGCUCUUCCCUUCACCAUUCGCCCCUCCGCCCGACCUUCUGCCCGAGCUCGCCUCUCCCCGCGACGGGCGUUCCAGAGGCCAGUCCAACGCCUCCACAAAAACCUCGUCCACCUUUUCGUCCGUUCCCCUACCUCCUGGCAGCGAUAUCUACGACCCCGGCCGCUCGAGACUGCGGCAUGCCACGACGGCCCCGGCGGCAGUGAGGCCCGCUCCAUCCUUUACCCAAAACCGCAUCGACAGCGUGGGAUCCGGCUACACCCGCGACAUGGCCCCGUGGAUCAGCGCUGACGAGUCAAGAUCAAGUUACAGAUCCCAACUGACAGCAUCAAGCGCCCAGGGCACCUGGAUGACGGAGAGGAGCAGCAUCCUGACACGAGACAGCUCCGUACCAUCCGUGUACGCAGGCCCUGACGAGCCCAGCCUCGAGGACGUCAUGGGCAUGUACGAAAAGGGUUUUCACGACGACUCGAGCCCAGAAGACGUUGACGAUAUGCAUUUUCACGACAAGAGAAACGACGGGGCCAUGAACAGGAGGAACACACGGAUCCUCGAGGCUCUUGAGAAGUCGUUGCCCGCGCCCCCGACAUCGGGUCUCGGGAUGGGCCCCCUGGUCCGGGAAUCGACCGAGAUGUUCCGCGGCGAGGAGCCGCCGCUUGCUCUGCCCAAAUCAUCGACAUUUGGGGACUUUAACAAGCGACACGAGAACGAGAAGCGGGACUCAGCCAAGUCUCUUCACGAGUCGCCACCCUCACGGCAGAGCCCAGUCCCGAUUGAACAUGAAGAUCCCGAGUCCAGGGACAGAUAUGGCUUCCGCAAAGCCAACCAGUACGUCACGCGAGAGCAGUACGACACGUGGAACACGGGCUACGUCGAGUACCUCGCCCGCCGACGGAAGAAGUGGGUUGCCUACCACAAAGAGAUGGGUCUGUUGACGGACAAACCCGAUCGGUUCCCUCCACCCGCGAGCACCAAGACGAAACGAUUUGUCCGCAAGGGCAUCCCACCCGACUGGCGAGGCGCCGCCUGGUUCUAUUACGCCGGGGGGCCUGCCAUCUUGGCCGAGUAUUCUGGCGUCUACGACGAGCUUCUUACGAAGCAGGUCAGCGCUGUCGAUGCCGAGGCCAUCGAGCGUGAUCUCCACCGCACUUUCCCCGACAAUAUCAAGUUUAAGCCCAACAAUCUCUCGAACAACACGGACUCAUCGCGAAGCAGCAACCAGACAACAUCGGAAACGGCUUCGAGCGGCGGCGAGGACGGCGAGCCGCGCAUGAUUUCCUCUCUGCGGCGGGUCCUCCGCGCUUUUGCCAUUCAGAACCCUCUCAUCGGAUACUGCCAGAGCCUCAACUUUUUGGCCGGCUUGCUGCUGCUGUUUCUCGAGACGGAGGAGCAAGCCUUCUGGCUGUUGAACGUCAUCACGCGGGUAUACCUUCCCGGCACGCAUGCAAUGAGCCUCGAGGGCUCCAAAGUGGAUCUCGGCGUGCUCAUGGGCGCCAUCCGCGAGUCCAUGCCGGCGGUCUGGGCCAAGAUUGGCGAUGAGAUGGACGGAGACCCAAACGAGUCGCGGCCGACGACGAGUGGAGCUUCAGCCGCGAAGAAGGCCAGGUCGAGGCGCAAGCACAUGGCCAACAAGUCCGUCUCGACAGACAGGCUGCCGCCCAUCACGCUGUGCAUGACGGCAUGGUUCAUGAGCUGCUUCAUCGGGACGCUACCGAUCGAGACGACGCUGCGGGUAUGGGAUGUCUUCUUUCUCGAGAGCUCCAAGACACUCUUUCGCGUGGCUUUGACCAUUUUCAAGCUCGGCGAGGCGGAGAUCAAGGCCAUUGCCGAUCCGAUGGAGAUGUUUUCUGUGGUGCAGGCGAUGCCGCGACGGCUCAUUGACGCCAACGCACUUAUGGAAUCUUGCUACAAGCGACGCAACGCCUUUGGACAUCUCAACCAGGAAACCAUUGACGCGUUGCGACAGGAGAGGCGGGACAAGACGCAGCUUGACCGGGACAAGCUGGCGGGCCACGUUACGGACGGCGAAUCAAAGGUGCGACGCAAGAAUACGCUUUUUGGGCGGCGACCCAAGCGGGACGCAAGCGCAUAG